CGCCGGCGCAAUUUGCGUGCACGACCGGAGGAAGUAUUAAGUAGGUAUCCGUACUCGAAAACCGGCAACACGCGAUAAAUAUUACGAACAAGAUUGAUUAAACCCGACACUAGUACAACCCUAUCGUUGUCAAUCACCAGGCCCUGAGGCAGAAAUCAAUCAAGAUGCUCCAGCGCGCGUCGACGUUUCUUGUCGGCACGCAGCAGCAGCGCCACAAUUAUCCAAGGAAAAAAGUGUGUAAGUGUAACUUUUUUGCAGGAACAGCAUUACAGAUUUGCUCUGCAUAACAGAGAAAACCUGUUAUGCGUAGCUAGUACGCGAAAACACGUAUGAAAAUAGCCUCUGAUGCACAUCCAGCAUGACAAGUGUAACUGUAUUGCAACGUCUGCAACACAAAGUUACACUUACACAGUUUCUUUCUUGGAUAACAAUCUCGCCGAGUUCAAAAAGGACGAACGGGAAACCGUGGAAGCGACGUGGCAACGGAAGAAGGAUUAUCAAAUGCAAAUGUGUUUGGGUCUGGAAGGAACCUUCUAAACUUGUGAUGCUGUCUCUGGAUUCUGAAAAAAUUUGUAUUGCAUGACCAGCAAGAGGACUCCAGUUUGUGCUACUUACGCGGAGAUGGCGUUUCUCAUGCGGUAGAGGUAUCACAAAGCGCUCUAAAAAUCUGUGAUGCUACGGCAUGCAUCACCGACAUCAUGGGUCAUGGAAAAUAUGCCUGAAAAAUCUAGAAAUCUUCCAGACCCAGACAUUUUGGCAUUUGAUAAGGAUGUGGCGCUUUGCUUCCAGUCCGAGUCCUACGGGGACAUCCACCCGUAUGGAUGUGUCAGGAUCGAAAUCGACAAAAUCGAAAAAAUUGUGACGCAUGAUAAAAUGUAGGGCACUGAAGGCCUGCAUCCAUUGGGGAGCAGGCAAAUAAAACCGAUUGCAAGCCUGUUUCGGGGUAUACAAUGCGCCGCCAAAGUAGCAUGACAGGAGCAGUCUUCUUUGCCCAAACAGCAUGACAGACUGGCUUUGGGUGCCCAAACAGCAUGUCAUGCGCCUCUUGGAAACUGAGGCUCCAACUGAUAUCGAUUUUAUGCAUCACAAGUUUUUCGAUUUUGUCAAUUUCGAUUCUGACACUUCCAUAACCCGCAGAAGGUGGCAAUGAAGGCCACGUUCGCGGAUGCGGUCAUCACCACGCCCAUGCUGACCGGAGUUAUGGACGGAGUGAGUCAGUUGGAAGAAUACGGCUACAACCCCAUGGACCUUCCGGACGCCCUGUGCCGGGCCUGCGAAGAGCUGGCCUACCAGCAGCUCAUGCCCGAGGAGAAAAGUUUGCACAGCAAACCGAAGGAAAUGUAUUUAUAGCAGAUCGGAGUCAUGUUGGUUCCUACAGGACGAGCUUAUUUUGCGAAUGCGUUUACAACUUGCUGGUCGCCUCUUGCUUUAGCACAGUUUGUGAAGCAGGUGUGCAGCAUGCGAGCGAUCCUAGAAGUUAGUACCGACCUACAACAAGCAAAAAUAGAAGUGCGACGGCAUGUAGUUGAUCAAGAUGUUGACACUGUUGUACCAGAUACAAGGGCCCCGUUUCCCUCCUCACCGACGCGUACGAAUCAACUUCCGCCUUGGGCUCGACAACGAUAAUGCUGUGCGCACUGGACAACAUGACGAAGGUGCACGGCAAGACCCACCCCAUGAUCGCGGUGUUGUCGAUAGGAGACUGUGGCAUGCUGUUGCUGCGCAGGAGUGCUGUCAACGCACCACUCGAGCGGGUAUCUUCUGUACAACUGUUGCGAUUGCGAACUUCUUUAUGACUCUGCCUGUCAUGCACAAUGGGCUAGAGAGGACAAGUUCAUUGGGGGAGUUUGUUCUUCAUGAUGCGCAAACCAAAUGAACGAAAAGGUCUUCAACACCGAUAUGCAAAGGAUAGGUGGGCACAAGCAAGCGCCUUUGCAGGUGGCGCGCGUCGAUGCACGAAUAGACGAAGACUUCGACGAGGACAUAGCGCUUGAGGUACGAUAAGGAGCACAAAGUAGAGGUUUUUGAAUUACCAAAAGUAGCCGCCACAUUAGUAUGAGAAGCCUUUUAUCGUAACGCUAUUUUUGAUGUCUGCCUCGACAAGGGCUCUUGCCUUGGACCUUGCGUUAUCAGAUCUAUCUUCUCUCUUAGAUCAGCUCACCUAGCGCAUGCAAUGCGUUUUUAGGGCAGCUUACUCAACAGCGUUGGUUUGAAAGCGAGGCGAACAACAUGAAGUUGAGACAAAGAUCCAUACAUAAUCGGACGCAUCAGGCUUCUCUGUUUUCUACACUUACUGGCAUUUUUGUCUUUGUCGGUACCUCACAGCAGGUCCGAUCGACAGUAGCAGCGAAAAAGAAGAAGAUCUAGUUGUAACUGGUGCAUCACGCCAAAAAAAAGGUCAUUCAAGAGGGAUCCGCAGUGCAUUGCUUCACGGCGCAUGAAGGCGACGUAGUGAUAAUGGGCAGUGGUAUUGUUUUCUUGCUUGGCACUGAUGAAAUGUGUUCUGUUGCAUGACAAGCUCUGACUCAACCUACUUCAGCCUCUCAUUCUCAAUAUAGUCGCGUUGAAGUGAUAUUGUGGGACUGCAAUGUGACCCACAGCGAUUUUUGUUGAAUAAAGACAGCGCUUGCUCGUCUUUGCGACUUGUACCAUUUUACACCUAGAAAAAUAGGAUAGUGCGAAGAACCCCUUCAAAUUUCGUCUAAGUUGUAGUAUGAAUUUCAGUAGUGUAGAAGUUACAGUUUAGAAGUUGCUAACUUUCUUGUUUGUUACUUCUCAGAAAUGAAAAGUAUCCGGGUUGGACGUGGAAAGAAAGACGCACAGUAGUAUAUCACUAAGCACGAAAGAUAUUAAAGCACGGCGAAAACCACGUAUAGCGACGACAGCAAAAGUUUUAUGCCAUAGUGUUUUUCAGUGGUUUUUUGGAUUUCAGACUUUCUGAUUACAUUUUUCGAGAAAUACGAAAUAUUUUCGCGACCGACAAAUGAUUUUCUUUAACCUCAAUCUUUCGAAGUUGUCAACCGCGACUCCUACAGGUUUAGAAAGUUGACAGUGCUGCUGAAAAUUGAGGCUAUACAGCACCCCUUUCAAGGUCAGCCAGAUUCUACGCAGAAUAAUUAUCUACUUUUUUAUGCUCCGCCUCGCUCCGCCAGCGCGCAAGGGCAAGGCCUCAAAAGUUGAAUGUCAAAGACAACCUUAUUCUAUCUUUCUUGCAUGAUUAUUACUUAGUUUUACAAUUUUCACAUUACCAACUUCCAUGAUUUUCUGUGCGCUUUCUGUGUGCAGGAGAUCAUUGCAACAAUUUUUUACGUGCUAAAGUGACUGGUCACUCGACGUCGCAUCAAGUAUGAUAUUGCCGUGACAGGCGGUACGCGAUAUCGAACCAUUACAUGAUAAAUCGAUCGCCCUUUGAGAAUUGUCUCCAAUUAUCAAAAAACUAUUUCCUACGUCAUUCCAAAAUUUUUCAUCGUGAUUGCUCAUUUUUUUUUCGUACACAACGUAUCGAUAAUCCAUUACUAUCGAACGGGUCAUCUACGACUCGGAUGUAAAUAUUUUUUUUCCGUUUUGUUUAUCGAAACCAAACACCCAAAGCGAUUUGUCAUGGUGACUCCCACCAGCAACGGUGACGAAACCAAGCCCGCGCGAGAGGGGAAGAGCGGGCUGCUGGAAGGCGCUUUGCAUCUUGCAGCGGAACAAGUAGAUGAUCUUCAUGUUGCGGAAGCGAGUUCGAGUUCGUCGACAUUUCUGAUCAACCAGGAACCGCAUGACCGCAGGUUAGAUUCUUCAGACCCGCAAGCUAGGACGGGAGCAGCAAGUGCCACGACGACGGGCAAUAAGCGGCCCGCUAUCGACGGUCACGAUGCUCCGGGAAGAGGACCUUCGUCGCCGAAAAGGAGCUGUCAACCUGCUCCAGGCGAACAGGAGCACUUCAGUUCUUCUUCUUUGCUUUUGCACAAGGAAGACGAUAAUAAACUCGAGUCGUUUCAACAUUUUUUCUCCACCGCCCUGUCUACUUGCACUUCACAGGACCACGAGGACCUCGACCAGCCGCUCUCUGAGGAUGCGGAAACGACUACAAAUGUGCGCGCAAGGAAAACGAAAAUCUUGAAAAUCGACGGGGCACAAGAUGACAGCAGUGUUGGUGCGGAGGGGGCGCGAGAUGGUGGUUUGAUAUUUGGAUCCGUGGGUCGUGAAAAGGAAAGUGAAGAUGAUCCUUCUAGAGACAAAAUCAUCUCCAGUGUGGCAGUUCCAGUUGCAGCUGUCGUUCCGGGUGCUCAAGACGCGCUGCAAGGGGAACGGGUGGCAGAGAUGGAAUUGCACUUGGACCGAACAAACUCGUCGGGCGAAAAGGUAGCGAUGGAUAGCGACGGCGGCGUCCCUGACAAUACUUCCAGUGAUAUCAUUGCAGUUGAGACGCAGCAAGAGCGGGAGGAUCGCGAUGAAUCUGUUCUACCUCUUUCCACCGGAGAUGAAAAUAUUACCCCUUUCAAGAACAACAACGUGGAGCAAGGAGAAGCAGCUGCAGUCGAACCUCCUGCUUCACCUCUUUCUCCUGCGCCGGCUCCUAUUACUUUUCCUUGUGUGGACGAGGUACCACAAGAGCCCGCUAACCUGAAAGAAGAAAAAUCACGAGGCGGAGCUGACAACUCCGACGCGCAGGAGGUGGAGAUGAUGAUGAAUUACCCUACCCUGAAACUGAACGGGAUAAAGCCGUACGUGGACAAAGCCAGCAUCAAAUCAUGGUUAGGGGACGAAGUUUUGCAGGCGCUGGUCGGCGGUUGGAUGCUGGAGGAAGGUAAAAACGAAAAAACAAAUCAGAGCCAUCUUCCGGAAGAUGAGUCCUGCACAAAUAAAGGUAAGGGGAAAAAGCACAAAAAUAAAAGUACUAGCAAGUACUACAACAAGCGAGACGUGGACAAGAGGCCCCGGAAGAUGAUCCUAAACAACCACGCUCCUGUCACCCCGGAUGACGACCUGGCGGGCACGGAUUACCUGAUCAAGUUUGACUACGACAACGACUUUUUCCAAAUCGCCUUCAGCGAUUUAAAAACGUGUUUGAAGACAAAGAGCCUCCUCUGCAAUAACGGCAAGCCCUUCGUCGUGAUUACCGACGCCGAGAAUAAAUACUGUUCCCAACGAGGACCCCAGACGAAGAUGAUGAAGCAGGCGAACAAAAGCUGCAAAACCGCGUCCGAGCGCGCCGCCCGCGUGGUCCAGCGGGAGCUCCCGCAGGCCUCCAGCCGGACGAUCUUGCUGGCCAUCGAGGUGGACGGGCCGAUCUGGUCCCGGACAGGCGAAGACGUGGACCGUAAACUCGUACUGGACGUGAUGAGGGAGAUCCUCGAGGAAGAGAAGGCAGAAAAAAACAACGACCCGGACGACUGCACGACCGGUGAGGAAAAGCCGCUGCUCUUCCAGAAAUUGCAGCAGGUCAUCGAACGAGAGGGACUCAACAAUAACGGCAAGGGCGAGGAGGUGGAACUACUACAGCAAGGAGAACUACAGUCCUUGCCUGUCGCGGGAAAAUCAGUAGAGCAAGACCCCAGCAGCAGGGAAAAUCGAAUGCAACAACCUACUAUGAAGCGCAAAAGCAUCGCGGGCAAUACCUCUUACCGUGCCGGGUUGGAAGGGGUCGUUACCGGAGUAGAAGUAUGCGGUAAAAAAAAUGCAGCACCGUGGUCCACCUCCAAGAAGGAGCAGAAGAAGACAGGUUCUGCUUCCAAAAAACAAAAGUCGAUGAGGAAGAGCAGCGUUUUACCGGUCCCGUCACCCGUGUUGAAAAGGAACAACGGUGGUAGUUCCUCUAGUACAGCGACGGCGUCUUCUUCUACGGGGGCGGCCACGACGACACAUCAGCUACAGGCUGGUGAUGCAGCACAAGGAGAUCAGCUUCCAGAGGCAGCUAUUUCUCCGGGUGCUGUCGUCGCAGCACAGGGAGACGACUACAGCAGCGCUGCCGGUGGUCCGCCUCCGCGCCUCUCGUUCACGGAAUGGUACAUGAUAAAUUACGCCUACCAGGAUUACCACAACGGGAACAAGUUUAACAGCAACAUGAACGACGGGCAAUUGCAGAUCCCCGAAACCGCCACCGCUCCGUCCGAGGUUAGCCGCUUCAAAGACUGCGAGAUCGUCACCACGGGAUGGGACGCCACACCGAAAAUGCCCGUCACUUCCCUCUCCGGGGAUGGCUCUUCGUCGUAUGAGCCGAAAAGUGCGGCGGGGACCAUGAAGAACUCCGUGAAUACCAAAGGUUCAUCUUCGCCGGGGCAGCUGCAAGAAUCAGCGACCCCAGGCUCGUCCGUAGUUUGCACGCCGUUUAUGCUGGGCGCGGAGAGCAGCAGUCCGGAAUCUGGGUGGGCGAGUCAUGAUGAACACAAAGGAACAGAUUUCUUGCAAGAGAUGCCUACCAGUUCCAGCGGCGCACCAGACGGAGCCGCCGGAAAAAAUGGUGGUCCACUGCUCACAGGUGUUGACAAGAUAAAGUCCCAGCAGAGCAGUAGUACCACCUCGACGUCGGAUAGGAUCAACGCUACGGAAACAGAAACGGACAAACUCAUCAACGCGGCCUUUGCCAGUGCUCUGACCAAUGCGGGCGGCUGUGGGCAAGAAAAUGAACAGCAGAGCGGUGUGCGUUCUCACAAGAGCCACGCGAUCUCUGCCACAACGUCCUCCCUGCCAGACGGUGCGUCAACAGCGGCUUUAUCUGCUGCUACAGCCGCUAGUACAACCUCUAACCUCCUGUCCGAACUAGGUCUAGUACCGCAGACUGGGGGAGGCUCCCACGGCCCGGCCGCAAUGUUGCAGUCGCAGGGUGUAGUCGCAAAUACAAAUGCAAACCUGCAGAACAUGACGGCAAGUGAGGAAAUUACCCAGCUUUUGUCGAUGUGCACCUCGUCGCCGACGUUCGAAGAGCAGGGGCUGGUGAUUCCUGCAUCGUCCGCACCUCCUGCUCAUCAAGCGAAUGAUCGACCUAGUAACUUCAUGGCUGAGGCGGAAAAGCUCAUCCUGGCUGCGAUCGGGGGGUCAACAUCUGCGCCCGGCGAGGAAAACAAUGAUCUUCACCAUUAUAAAGCUUCUGGGCCUACUACUUCGUGUUCACCUUCAUCUUGUUCACAACUUUUGAAUAACCUUAACCUCGACCUCGAAAGCCUGCUCGCAGACACGACCAAUGGUCCAACGCCCAUCACCACCGCGGCGACGCCGCUGGGCGCUGGAUCUACUACCACUUCCAGCGGAGGUUCUUUUUACCCGAACGGCAGUCCGGGUGGUCACCAUUGGGAUCUUCAAGUUGGCAAGAUGAUGUCCCCUUCUGUCUCCGCGAGCUACAACAACGGCGACCACUACAAAUAUCACCAGUACGAUUCGUGGGGGAAAGAUAAGAAUUCUUGGGGCUGUGGUCCUGCGAAGGGAAUGAGUGAGAGCUAUCACAGCUACAUGGCUCCUGCUGCUGGAAUGAUGUUGAAGGGCGGGAAAAAUAAGGACAAGCACAACAACUACAGCAAUAAUUGGGCGUUUUUCAAUAAAGGGCACACCAAAGGCAAUUUUCCUCACCAGCCCUCUGACGUUCUUUCGCACCAGCGACAAGUUUUCGGGCCGCCGAGUGAUUGGUUUGCGGAGAUGGAGAAUGAUAAGAAUGACCGGAAUAAACGGAAUCAAAAGGGCGGAAACAAGAAUGGAAACAAUACCCGGAAGAGCAGUCGACACAAUUUUGCGCCGAUGGCAUCGUCGUGUGCAUCUAGAUCUACUUCUGCGGCCGCCGACGCGAGUGCGAGUGGAAAGCAGAACGGAACAAACGCCAAAAAGGGGCCCAGCAACAACAGCGGCAGAAACAAAAGAAAAAUGAACAAGAAGAAGUCUCGUACCGAGUCCGCGUUUACUACUGCAUCAAACGCUGCGCCGCCGGAAACUGACGAGAAGGACCACAGUACCAAGGAGAUCAUGUUGCAGGAGAGUGAAGAGGAUGUUGUGAAAAUUAAUCCAAGCAACACCGAGUUGAAACAGGACAAGCCAGUGGAGCCGCUUCAGAACAGCGAAACUACCGACGUGAUGAACACAACUGCAGCUGUUGCUACACCUUCUUGCGAGGUAGAAGACGCAGCUAUGAAAAUAAACCCUGCAGCUGCUGACGAGGAGGGAACUGCUGGUGGUCCUCACGAGCUAAAACAAGACAGCUCGACGAAUGAAAUAGGGAGUGUGCUGCAAGAUUCGCCCUGCAGCACUAGCCCUGAGGCAAGCUGCUGCAACACCAAUAAUAUGUCAUCUUGCGGCAAGAAGAGCGUCGUGGUCCUCCCGGACCAUCUUCACAACUCGUCUAGUACCAUUGCAGCUGCAUGCGAGGACGCAGGACCACGACAAGGUCUCGUUGAGAUGGAGGGUGUUUCUGCUGGGAAGGUGGCAGAGCGACCCUUUGCUCCUGCCACGACAGCUUCAUCUGCAAAAGAGGAACAACUGCCCGAAGCAGCAGCAGAGGAGGAACAACUGGACAGCACAGAAAAAGCCGUACAACAGCCUGAUGAUGCAAAAAAUUUUGUUGUUGAGGACAGUACUAUUGCACCCGACAGUAUGAGAACUUUUGCGAAUGUGGCUCCUGGUCUUCCUGCUGUUGUCGAAGAUGAUAUUGGUCGUGCUGCAGCUGCUGGUGGUGCUACCGUGGCCACGACCUCUUCUUCCCCUGCAGCUGAUGAAACUGGGCCAGCAACCGCGGUUGUUCUACCAGCGGCGAAAGAAACCAGCCUUAGUGGCGAUUUUGUGAGUUGCGGUGCCAGCGAUCGUUCGCCAGAAGAGGAAGAGCCUGUAGAUGACAGCAAGGAGAUAAAAUUUGAAGACGCAGCGUCGGAAGUCGAGACUCUUUGUUCCGGAGGACGCACAACGACAACUCGUCCUGCGCAAGGCUAUGUCGAAUUAGGGAACAAGAACACUCCAGAAGAUCAUGCUGAAAACAAGUCCUCCGCUGAGAUGAGCAUGUAUGACGUCGUUGCCAGCACAAACAGUGCCAGUGUAGCCAGUGCAACAGUGGUCUCUUCUGCCGAAAAAAACAAUUCCGACAGGAGCCUUGUGUCUACUAGUAGUACCAGUAUCAUCGCUACAAGUACAACUACUACCAGUCCGGACGUAAAAAAAGAAGCUUCCCGGGACCAGCAGGUGGACGGACCCACGCCGGGUUCGACGGGUGAUGAUGACUGCGCUGGUAGUAGUUCUAUUGUGAUGAAAGCUGAGCAAAAGGAAAACAAGGAGAAGCUGCUGAAAGACGAAGAGUCUGUAGAAGUGGUUGUCAAGGAAUUUCAUAAAAUCGAGCGGGUAAUUCUACCAGAGACGCCUGAGCGGGCGGAUGUUUCGAGUGUUUCAUCGAGUUGGCACCACAAGAAGAGACGUAAGUCGCAAUCCGCUCCGAGCCAGGCAAUCACCCGCGUGAUCAUCCCCGACGAUGAUGACGGGGGGAAGACUUCGCGGCGAAUCGGCAAUGCCUACACAACGAUGCGGGAGGCGGUUUUGAACGGGCAGGACAAACACCUUGCGAAGUGUGCGUUUAUUAACCGCAAACGAAGGAAACACACGGAGCAUGAGGUGGCUCUUGUUCUUCACAACCAGGAAGCAGGAGCAGCUCCAGGAGGAGAUGCAACAACUGCUAGUAUUGACGGGGUGGAAAUUAUCCCACGAAAAAACUGUUUCACUGUGAUGAUUUUGCAGGAUCUGCAUCACAAGUUUGCUACACAUGACAAAGAAAACUUGGCAUGCGUGCUUCCUAAGGGAAAACACGGCGAAAAAUCCAAUGUCUUGCAUGUAUAGCAAAACAAACACAUUUGCGUUCCCUUCUAUGCAUCACAAGUUCACAGUGAAACACUUUUUUCUUGCGAUAGAAAUACUAAAACAAGAACAGGCGAAGCAAAGUUUUGACGAGAUGAACCAGGAAUUCAGUGCAGCGAGCGGGAGUAUUUUUUCCGAACAGGUUAUGGAUGUGUCAGAGUUGAAAUCGACAAAGUUGAAAUAACUUGCAAUGCAUAAAAUGGAUACCAGUUGGAAGCCCAAUUUCUAAGCGGCGCAUGACAAAUUUCAGUAGAAUCGAAAUCCAGUCUGUAAUGCUGUUUGGGUAAGGAGUACGCCUUUUGUCAUGCUACUUUAGCAGCUCUAUUUCUACCCCGAAACAGGCUUACAAUCUGCCUCGCUUGCCUACUCUGCAAGACAGGCACUCUCUGCGUUGCAUUUUAUGCGUGACAAACUAUUUCAACUUUGACGAUUUCGAUCCUGACACAUCCAUACAGGUUGAAAAAAGUGAAGAAGGUAUUCCGGUUUCGCGGCUCAUGUUGAAAAAGACGGCUAGCCAUGAUUUUUCAUCAGCUUCGACUAUCAAAUGCAAAAGUGUCUGGGUCUGGAAACUUGUGACGCUGCGUUGGGAAUAGUGAAUGCUCUGUAAUGCCCAGCCGAGCAUGAGAAAUAUCUGCGCUUCGUUGUGUUGCGUUUUUCGCAUGACAAACUGCGUUUUUGCAUGACAGACAAAAGGGUAUCUUCUUGGACACGCAUCACAAACUUUUUGGUCAUCCCAGACAAGCAUCACAAAUCUCGCAAUCUUCCAGACCCAGACAUUUUUGCAUUUGAUAUCGACGUCCUCGAUUGUGGGAGUACAAGAACCCGAAGCCAGUGGUAGUGCGAUGGACGCGGACGAGGGCAACGUGAAUAACAAUAAAACCGAAGCUGAUGCAGCAGCUGACAGUAGCGACAAGGCUGCUGCUCUCACUUUUGGUGUUGGCCAGGAUCAGGAAGUAGAACAUGAAAGCUUGUUGACCGGUAUUAGUAAGAUCAUGAGCUGCGAAGAUGUUCCUGCGACAGAAGUUGCAGAAAAUUGUAUCGAGAUGAACGCAGAUGCAAUUUCACGAUCUACAACCAGUGGAGCAGUGGAGGAGAAGGACCAGCAAUUAUCUUCUGCCUCACCGCUACAGAAGGAUAGUACCUCCAGUGGCGAAAAAGAAAGACUGCCCGACACGAUGGCAUCUUCUACUCGGGAUGCAGCUGCUGCAGAUGAAGAUGCGGAGCUCCACCCGAAGACCUCCUCAGAGACAAACAACAAAGGGGACAAUUCUAGCAGUAAGAACCACAAUCGGCCGUCCUGGAACAAGGGCAAGAACGACCACUGGAAAUCCUGUUAUAAUAAUUCGGACCACUUCAACAUGAAAGGUAGAAACAACGGUAGAGAUCAGGAUUGGCACCGCGGCGGCACCACUUAUGUUGAAAACAGCAAGAGCAACUACUACUUCCACAAGGGCGGCAAUAAACACGGAUACAACGACUAUCUUCAUUGUGGUCAAGGAACAAAGGGAAUGAAGCAACAUGAAGAAAAUGAUUCAACAUCCCGAGGACGGGGCUACAACUACGGCCACUCGCCGUAUUCCAGCUACAAGGGAAACAAUUUUCAUCAUCCGAGCAGCAACUACAAAGGAGGUAAGUCUUUUUCCACACUAGCCAACUUCCCGAACGUUCACUAUGGGAGAAAGAGCCCCUCGGGCCCCCCAAAGACGGACCAAGAACAGGAGCCUACCAACACGUCCGGCUACGGAGGGAAAAAUAGCGCUCAACAGGGAGAACAUCAACACCGUAACUAUCGUCCAACCACGACGCCCCGACGAGGGCCGUAUGCGCAUGCCAAGGACCACUGGGACCAUUACCGUGUUUUCGGUGGGAAGAAUUACACCUACGACCACAGUUGUAAUCAUGACGGCUACUACUACAACAACUAUCAGUCCGGCCGCAGGGGAACGCCAGAGGACUUCUAUUACUGGCAGCGCCACAAAGGUGGAAAGGCGAACCGCGGCAAAGGGGAAUUGAAUAUCUUCAAGGGCGGAGGGCAUGAAGAUUACCACGGGCAGCUGCAGCCGGGGGCAGACGCAGAAUUUGCCGGCGAUGGAGGCGCUUGGGGCGGGAAAGGCUCGGGAGAGAAGCAACAAACCGAAUAUGUGGAUAAUUACUGGCAUACUCAGUACAAUAUCCACAGUAAAUUUACCGUACACGACGACGUACUUAUGCGGUUUGCGGUUUCUUUUUCUGCAUGGAAAAACUUACCUUCUUCACUUCUGUUUAGAAUGACGAGCGGCAUGCUGCUCUAUCUUGGCGAAAUUUGUCAUGCAUUUUGUAUGUGUGCGCGUGCGGGAAACUUGUAUUGCAUACACUACAACAACCAAGUUGCGGAGAACCAGCCUGACGAGGUACUUUUGGGCUUUCUGCGGCAACAAGUCGACAACUACCAGCACCACACCGGAGCAGGCGUGGCGAUGCAAAACGUGGAGCAGCGUGAAGAGCAGCAGCAGACGAGUAGCGACCUGCAGCCUAAUAUCAGUAGCGCCCAGAUGAAACAAGAUCAUGCCACAGUGCCUCCUCUCGAGCACAUUCUGGCCGAUGCUUUGACCCAGGCGGGGUUCGGUGCAGGAACGGGUGCUCUUUCCGAGGAGAAAAGCUGUGCUGUAGUGACUGAAACUGUGAACAACACACUUGGCAGCGCUGACAAUCUCGCUGGUAGUUCCGUUGGCGUUGCCUCACCGGGAGCUGCUCCCGCGCGCGAGUGGUGGAGGUAGGAAGCAAAGCUACUUAAACCAUAAGCAAUUUACAUGCUCAUUCGCAAUUAUUUUAGAAAAGAACCAGACGUCCAAUGUCAAGGCACUGUCUCGGCGUCGAUAAGAUUCAUAUCACCGUCAACGCAGACGGUAGUUCUACGAGAUAACUACCGGUUUUUACCUUACUACUCAAUCCUUAUCCAGCACUUCUACGCGAGCCAGUAAAGGCUCUUCCUAAUCGUUUCUCUGAUACCUUUGCAUUUUGAAGACCGCAAUAAAAAAAAAGCGACGACGACCCCGCGCGCUUCUUUCGGUUUUCAUCGUACUUUACUAAAGUUCUCAAAACAGAAACAAGUACUAAAGUAAAAAUGAAUGGAACUAGAGCUACUGCAUCUGCCACCUUGGUCGAGACGUUCCAAGUGGAAUUGCAUGUCGCACAUUCUACACCACGAAGAAAUCAAUAUACGCAAAGCAUUUUUAACAGUAGCAGUUUGUGAUAUAGAAAAAGACAGUGAAGACAGUGACAGGCAGCAGUCGAUUCCGGUGUUGCUUCGCUGUCUACGCUUUUCCUUGGUGCUCUCGAUUUUCUUUUAGGAAAAACAGUUUUUCGGAGACCGCCAGUACACGAAUGCCGGAUUGGAUUUAGUGAUCAGCAGACUCAUAUUUUUGUAUGCAGUAAUUGUGGUCUCCCGCAAGUAGAGUAUGUUGAUACACUUAUUUUUAAACUUCUCUCCAACUACCGAUGUAAUCAAAAUUGAGUUAGUCGAAACGGCGCUAACCGCAAUUAUAAGUCGAGAAAAAAAUCACAAAAAAAAAUAAUGACCUAGAAAAUAUCGAUAACGCUAGAAAAAAGAUCAUUUUCACUCCGCUGCAGAAAAUCGCAAAUUUUCAUAUCAACAUUUUAGACGCCAUUUUUUCUCCUGCAUUUUGCGCUAACACUAGACACUUCUAACUAUUGCAAAAAGGCUAUUCAAAAACCUACAAAUAAAGCAAGAUCAAGCUGCUCGCAACUGAACUCCAUAGAGUCAGUCGUGUGCAGAUUUGAUUGAAAAGUUUUGCAUUAAAUACUCGCAAAAAAAACAAAAAAUGAUAUAAAAACCUUGAACGUGGUAGUGGUUCUACCCAUAGUAGACAGAAAUUCUCUCAUAGUGUGACGGCAUAUAAUGAAGAGUUCACGUCGUGGUACGUGGUCUAUCUUCAGCAACAGCGUUUCACCUUCUUUUUGUUUUUGCUUGCUUUGUUUCGCGAAGCACGCAUACUGCGGUCUUUGCUGCGUGUCAUAGCAUUUUGUGGCUGUUGCUUUCCGUUUGUCCACCUUUAUUCGUUCUUUGAUCGUCUGUCUCUAGAAUCUUCGGAAGGUUCGUAAGGUUUGUUCACCUUCAGGCUUGUGUACAGCAGCGUCCGAAACUGUAUAGUAAGAACUACAUCAUCAUCGUCAUCCCUAAACCUCUUCAGACGGCGUGUUUGACAACCUCUUUACCGAGGAGAUCCUGUCUGCGGUCAACGAAAAUUUCGUCACACCCUCGUCCUUAUCAACUGCAACUAUGUCUGGGUCUGGAAACUUGUGACGCAAGGACGGGAAUGGUGAGCACACUGUCAUGCGCUUCUAGCAUGACAAGUGUUUCCGUGGCUCAGAGUUUUGUACUCCGCAUAAGAAACUGCGUUAUUGCAUGACAGGCAAGCAGAGCUCUUCCUCUUCGAGGGCACGCAAUACAGAGUUCAGAGUCAUGCAAGACUAGCAUGACAUUUCUCAGACCCAGACAGAUGCACAGUCCAUAGUCCUCUUCGUCUGCCUAUACCCCGCAGACGUCGGAGACGCUGAAAAAGACCUGCGAGGCCGUCGUGGCUGCAGCUAUGGCAAAAUGCGACGAGGACGGAAGGGGGUAUGACUUUUUUCGUGAGAGGUGGCUUGUCUGUCGAGUCGUGCAUCAAGAAGUCUUUUGCAGAUAGAAGAACGAACGCAGAGGACAAUUUUCGAUUUGAUAGGAGAUACUUAAGACUGUGCGUCGUGCUUGAUAUGCAUUUGCAAUGAGUGUUGACCCCGCAGUUCUUGGGUACAUCAUGAUUAUGUGCAUGAGAAAUGAAUAAAAAUCGGCGCUUUAAUAUAAUUUACAACAAAUCUUCACCAGACUGGCACCGACGCCCUUCGGCUACGGUGGCAAGGCGGAUGACACGACCUGCGUUAUCGGGGAAGUGGUUGCCUACACCAAGUACCAUGCCGACCUGAUCCAUCGCGCCAGGCGGCAGCGGAAGCUCCGGAAGUUUUACGGCUGCGUGCAGACGGCGUGCCUGCCGGUCACCUGUAUCGCGACGGUGCCGUGCAAAGUCUGCUGUCCGGCGGGCGAAAGCGGGGGCGGGGGUAGUUGCUCGAAAGUGAAAAAGGAGAAAAAAGACGAACACGGUAAGUCCUCCUCCAGUAGCAGUAGCAGCAGUAGUACGACGGCGGCAGGACGACCUGCUCCUGGAGGGAUAUUGAGAGGAAAAAUCCCCCCUCCCCAUACUGAAAAGGCAUGUUUCCGAAAAUUUGUGUUGCUGAUUUGAGGUCACAAAUCACAUUUGUUUUGCAAGAAGACUAGGGCAGAAGCUUCCGCCCCAUUAUGGAAGCGAUUUGUCAUGCUGUUGGGCCUAAAGGGGAGCCGCUUGCCAUGCUGAACAACUAGACGCGUGCGCCCCUACCUAGCCUGGGGAUCUGACUGCAAUUCUUUCCUGCAAUACAAAGCUGAUUUGUGUACUCAAAUGCAGCAUCAGAAAUUUCGUUUUGAUAUGGGGAAGGGGGGACUUUUCCUUUUGAUAAGGGACUGAUACUGUUUCAGACUCGUUUAGUAACCCUCUCGAAGUUUCCUCGUCCUCAACAGCGGGUGAGUACGGAUUUGACUACAACAGUUAUCAACCAUACUCCUACAGCGAGAAUCCGUUUCUACCGGCGAGUAGCUCCAGCUACAUGAUCGGAGGACAGAAUUUUUUUGCAGAUGAUCCUGGAACAUCAUCUUCAAAUGAUAAGCGCGAGGCUGCACUUGCGAGCAGCGGGCAAACGGGGCGGGGCUGCUGCAAAAGCCACCCUGGAGCCACGAUAGACCAGGCAGAGGAGGUGCUGAGCCAGGCGGCUUCGUCGUAUUGUUUUAUCGUGGUUGUUUGUGCGUACUACACCUAGUAGUUGUACCUGCAUGCAUCUACUUCGCACCAUGCUGCUGAUACUUUCCUUAUUGACAAAAUAUAUGAUUUGCAUGAAAUCAACAUUAGAUAGGUUGACGCAAAAAUCAGAGCAACAUCGAUCUCAAGCUUGUUCACCACAGCCCGCGUUACGAAUAUGACUUUGGCGACUACCUGGCGCCGAAGAAGGAUAGUGACCCCUUUACCUACCAAUACACCGAUCCGUUUGCAACCUACGUAAACCCCUACGCCUCCUACCGAUCGCCACUCGACGAUUACGACUGGACCCAACCGGGCCUGCUCCCGGACGGUUUGCGGUCGGGGGUUUCGAGAGUAGACGAAAAGAAGUCGAGCUGUGCGGUGAUGUAAAUGCUGACGAAGUCGAGACUGAGAUCGGAAUAGGGAGAGGAAAGUGCGAACAGAUUUUGUAGUAUGUAGGAGGGCAGCUGUAGACUCUUCGUGUGCGAGUACGCAGCCUGUCUUCAUCAAUCUGUUAAGAUUCCAAAUAUUUGUCAACAUCUACACCAAAUAAAAGACAUGAAAACCGGAAUGGUCGUGUUUCCCGUAAACGAAAAUCACAAUGCAAUGCACUUCACGAUAGGCAUGAGUCGCAAUUGAAACCUCUGUUGCGAUUACUAACGUAUGAAUGUGCUAAAAUUUCCUCUUGUAAAAUUUCUUGAAGUAUUGCCGACGCCGUGAACGUUGCAGAAUAUUUAUCAAACAUAUAUAAAAAAAAAAGAAGAAUGCUAAAUCCAACUUUCAGAUGCACCGUGGCCGUGCCGGUAGACAGAAGCGAGACAAAGUCAUGCUUUUUUUUCAAAAUGUUUUGUUUGUAGAAUAUUUGCCGAGUGUUCUCUCCCCUUGCUGGGAAUCACUACUACUACUACUACUAGUAGAUCAAACGCUCCUCCCUGUAUUCAACAACAUGCACCAUCUCGAAUAAACAUUAUCGACAGAAACAGAAA